AUGACAUUUUAUUCUGUUGUUAACGAUAAAAAGCAGAUCAUUAAAGUUUUUAAUGAUACUAUUGACCAAUGUAAUAAUGAUUGUGAAGUAACUCAUAUUGAUGGCAAAGAUGCUUAUCAAGUAAUUUAUGAAUUUGCCAAAGAAUCUGUUUAUGCUUCAAGAGAUCUUGGUGUACGAUUUAAUAUUGCUCUUGACAUUACUUAUAAAGUAUUAUCUUUUGCCGUACGUUCUGAGAUACCAGAGAAACCAGAUAUCACUUACACGCUCAAAUGUAAAAACACUGAUAAAUUUGAUGUUAAAAGAAAAUGGAAUGCUUUUAGUGCUAGUACUCUUUUAAAUAAGUUUAAUGAUUCAAAAACUUAUUUUGAUAAUAUUUGCAGUCCUCCAAGUACAAAUAAUCAACCUAUAUCUUCUAAUCUCAAAGUUCAAGAAAUUACAAAAACUUUUAAUGGUGCUAAUAGAAUGCUCAAAGUUCAAGAAAUUACAAAAACAUUCAAUGGUGCUAAUAGAAUAUUAGAUAAACAAGACCAAAGUGAAAUGGUAAUAAGAAUUGUUGAUAAGUUUAUUGGCUUUUUUAAACAACAAGAUCUUGGCAUCGUUAAAAUAAUUACUGAAAAACCUACUGAACUAAGCGAUAACUUGUUUGUGAGUGUAAUUCAAGUAAAACUUGCUAUUACUGAACAAUUUAAAAUCAAUGCCCUGGGUAAUGCUUUCGAUCUAAAAAAUUAUGUUAAUGCCAAAACUCUUACUAAUUUUACAACUCCUGAUGAUUUCUUUGGUAAUAAUGUUUAUGAACGUGGUGGUGUUAUGGCGAAUUAUUCAAAUAAAUAUGUUUAUAGUGAUCUUGUACUUAAUGACAUUAGACAAUUUAUUCAACAAUACUUACCAACUCCCCUUCCUUGGAAACCUGAUGAUUAUAUUAUUUUAACUAAUGGUUUAUGUGGCUCUGCUUGUGCUCAAAUUGCUGAAUUUGCUGCUGAAUUUAAUAAUGUGACUACUGUUGCUGUUGGGGGAAUCGCUGAUAAAUCUUUAUUAGCCUAUUCUUCAUUUCCUGGUGGUUUUUUUUUUAACGCUAGUAUGAUAUUUAAUUCUUUAGGUAAAUUAAAUUUAUUAAAUAAUUCUUUAAUUCCUAAACCUUUUCCUUUGGCUGGAAUGGAUUUUACUUUUACUUUAAAUGAGAUGUAUAAUAAAAUACAUCCUGAUGAACUUUCGGAAUUCGUCUUUAUGCCUGCUGAUUUUAGAUUAUUUUAUGAUGAAAAUAAUGUUAGAAACUUUUCGAUUUUAUGGUCUCAGGUUGCUGAUUUG